AUGUCCCACCCUGAUCAACAGUCCAAUAACACUCACCUAUUCCAAUCUCAAGAAAUAGGUGCCGUCCUGGUUUCGAACCUGCGCAAACAGGUUAUGAGCCCUGCCAAUGCAACCGACCUUAUUCCCAUUGAACUACUUGGUGUCCAAAACUAUGAUAUGUGGUAUCAUUACUUUAUGCAAGUAGUUGGUGAAGCCAGUCACAUUUGGUCAGAAUAUGUUGAAACUGGAGAUAUUCAAUCCGUUAGAAUUGAAUAUGGAUUACCUGAUAUUCAAAUCAAGUCUAUGAAAAUAAUCUUUAGACACUAA